AGAGUAUGGAGGCAGUGGUGUGUGUCUGUGUGUGUGAUGUCUGACUUGUUCGGUUCCAUGCGGCGGUGUAGAGAGGGCCAAGUGGGCCCAAAAGAGAAGUGGUGGUGACAGGCCUCGCGAAAAGGGCGGCUGGUGUACCAAGAUGUAUAUAUAAAGACUUGCAGCAGCGUUGGGUUUUCGCCGGUCGAGCUCCUUCGUAAUUUUGUUCAAGCGUUGAAAUGGACUUUACACAACAAGAAAGACCCAUAGAAUUGGUGUGGAUUGCUUAGCCACUGAGCUACUGCCGCAGAUUUCGGCUGACAGGUGUAUUUCUUCCAAUGCAACACAGCACUUGCGGCCAGACUUUGUCAUUUGCCAUGGACACUCCAGCACCUGGUGGCAUUCCCGCGAGUGAUGGAGCACCCGAGCUGUGCAGGAACUUUGUCUACCGGGGCCGUUGUGGCUAUGCCUCUUGCUGCUUUUUGCACGACGAGUCUGCGAGGCAGCAAGCCAGGGGGACACCAAUGCAGCUUCCAAGCAAGUCGUUGAGAAGUAGUGGCGUUUCGGAUGAGACGGAGAACGCAGAGGCGCGUGAGGUCUUCACAGCACCACAAAGACGCCCCGCCAGCAUUCGCUACUUGUUCGAGGGGCAGUCGGUGCACAGCAACCCGUAUUUGAAGGAGUUUGCUGGAGCACCCUGGUUGGCACGGCUUCUGGAAGCGCCAGAAUGUGCCCGACUCUUCAAUGUUCAAGGAAAGCGCCUGAGGAAGGAACUCACUGAGGCCUUUGGCUUGCUGCACGCUUGCAAUAGAGCACUCAAGAAGUUGGCUGCUGGACAGACAGUCGCCAGUCAAGGAGGAAAAGGUGUCACGAUCGUCGACCUUUGUUGCGGCAAGGGAUUUGGUAGCCUGGUCCUUGCUUGCUCUUUUCCAAGCGCAGAAGUUCUAGCGGUCGACCGCAAUGCACACAUGGACCUUUCUCAUUUCAAAGCCUGCCCAAACUUGCGGUUUCAACACCUCAACAUGGAGUCUUCCAGCCUCGCCGCUGAUUUGGAAAGCAUUCUGGGCGCCAAAAAGUCUGCGCUGGUCCUGCUUGUUGGCGUUCACCUUUGCGGAAUGCUGUCUGUGCAUGCUGCACGCCUCUUCAAGGAGGUGGUUCCGCCGGCCGCUUUGGUACUGGCGCCAUGCUGUUUGGACAAGCGUCUUCCAGGCGUGAAGCUUCGUGCAAAGCGCCUUCAAAUUGAUCCGUUCACCUACUGGUGCCUCAAACUGCUGAUAGAGGAGCUUCCAGAUUGCCGGCGAGAGCUGCUUCAAGAUGAUGAUGUUUUGUCAGAACGAAAUUCCUUCAUUCUGGGCGUCAAGGCAGAACAAGCUCAGACAGCUGUCACCUAAUCUCAAUUCUUACAGUGUGCUGGGUGGCUGCAAUGGCGAAGAAGUGCAUGGCGAAGAUUACUGAUCGGAGACUCCAUCCUGAUGCUGUGGCCUGUGCCGGACAGCACUUUUGAAGAUCGUCAAGGCAUGUGGUUCUUUGUAUGUUUCAUUGUGCACUCUUUUCUAGUCCUGGAAAAGCAGACUAUAUUAUGAUAUUAUACAUCAAAAAUUUCAGGUUUGGAUCAAGGGUUUGAAGCCUUCAAAUGCCUUUUGGGAGCGUUUCCAUCACAGGGCUUGCCGAAGUUGCAAGGCUGCAUCUUCGUACCUCUUGCAGAGACAGGACCAUGAAAACUGCCGAACGGCUCCGCUGAAAAACCUGCAAAGUGACAGGGUCACCAGACAAGGGUAUGGCGGCUUGCAGAGCCAGAAUGCCAGAGGUAUGGACAAGUGAAGAGUGUACAGAAUUUGACGGGAUGCCAGAGUUCGACAUGCUAGAUAUGCUUGCCUUCAAUGGAGCUGUGCAGGGGUGAC